CCCUGCGGCUGCCAGCUCGUCCGAAAGACCGAAUGCUUGACCCUUUCUUACUAAAAACACAAACCCACCCGUUGGUUCCCCUCCCCUUUGCCUUUCCCUCCAGUUAGUGUCUACCUUAGCCGAAGGAAAGGGACCUGGGGAGGAUAGUGUCGAGUGAGGUUGCGUUCGUGAUCUGAUCCUCCUGCCUCUUGCUCGCGGGCCUUUUUCUUUUUUGUAUAUGACUGAGUCCGUCUAGUGCGGUGCAGCCUCCAGGUCUGUGUUCUCUUCCUGGAAAUAUAUCCAUGGUUCAAUGGCUGGUGCUCGUCUUGUCUUCAUGACUAGAAUGUAUCCUUGUCUCAAACUCUCACCUUGAUCCCCAACCCGGAUUGCCUCUGACCUCUGCCAUCUGACCUCUGACCUCUGUAUCUAGCAGUUCGGCUACGGAUUGCUUAGGAUUCUGGGCCUGGUCCGCGGUCGCGUCGGGUUCUGACUUGACCGCCCUCUUCGACCCUGAUUCUGGUUCCUGGUUCAAAUCCCUUGACUUCGACUAUCGCAUGUACCAUCAGUAACCGCGGAUCACCACCUGCACAUAUCAUCGGCAUCUGAAAUUCUAUCACAAUUGCGCCAUGGCAUGAACAUUGGCCUCAGCAUCUUGUCCAAAGACAAAAGAGAAAACCUGGUCUUCUGUUGAGCCCCAGAGUCGGUUGUCUAUGCCUUGUAACAAUCGGCUUGGUUCUUCGAUCAUCAAGAAUUCUCUUAUCGGACUUUGGAGAAGCAAAAUCUUAUACCAAGACAUUCUGAGUCUAGGACUACCACCACGAUAACAAUACUGCCAGCAAAACCACCUUCAUCCCAUCCAUCUAGCCGCAGUCUCUCCUCUGGCUGUGCAAACGUCUUCGCUGCGUCAGGCGCUUUCUCUUGUCACCCUGUCUCUCACCUGGUCGUCUCACACCUCAGUCGCAUUAGACGGCGGGGUCCACACGACCAGUCUCGACAAUAUCUGAACUGACUGUCGAGUCAGUGAACCGAUAUCGUCUGCCGCAGACAUCCUCGACACCCGGCUGUGGCCACCAAAACCCCCAGACAAGCAGCAGCCUAAGGUCUCGAUUUGCUCGUGCUCCACCUCACGUCCCUCGAGGGUCGAGAUCUGUGCACCUGAAGCUGCCUCAUCCUCCGGGCCUUUUGUGUCACCUCAACAUUUUCGCCUGAUCAACGACGCUUCUAUCUUUUCGUCCCACCUUGGCUAGACGUCUUGUUUGGGUUCCCAGUCUUUGAGGUACCUGGUUGAGUGUUUAGUGCUCGGGGAAUGAGUCGGGUGUUAGAGUUUUCGAAGUUUGAGACUGUUUUCUUAAGUCGAGGACCUGGAGGGCUUGACAGUUCAGCUGCCGUUGGCUGCUAGAGUUUGAGUUCGCUUGAGCCGCCGUCGCUCCUGUCUUUACUGGAAUACCGCUGUUGUUUUGGAAGGAUCGCCUUGGACAGAACCACCCUGACACACGAGAACCUCUUUUCCACUAUUUGGGGUUUGCAGAUAUAUAUGUGUCUCCCGAUUCACCAUUACUGGCAUCGUUCAACAGCUUUCUUUCGAACAUGUAUCCGACAGAUCAGCAUCAGUUUGCUCCCCCAAGAGCUCAUGCUCAUCCUAUCCAGCAUCCCCAUCCGACUCCUGCUCCUCUGCAAAUACCACCGAUGGCACCCUAUUCUCCCUACCACUCGGUAAAUCAGAUGGCGUCAAGUAACAAAAUCCCUCUGUCCCAUAAUAGCAUGAAUGCCGUGGCGAACAACAACAGCAAUGGCGGCGGCAGCAACAUGCCGCCAGCAAGUCCCAGCCAUAGUAGCACGACAGAGGAUGAAUCGUUCUACGGCCUACCAGAAAUUCCACCAAUCUCCAGGAUCUGGGGGAAAUAUGGCUUCGCGGUAGAAGUCAUUCAACAACCCAAACGUGCUCGUAUGUGUGGGUUUGGCGACAAGGAUCGCCGUCCUAUCACACCGCCUCUUAUUGUCAAACUCCACAUCUUUGAUCCGGAGACGCAUCAAGAGAUUGAUUAUGGCAAAGUCGUGGAUCUGUCAAAGUUUAUCCUCGGCGUUGAUUUGUGGGAUGUGCACGGCCAACACGAAGACAACUGUGUCAGAAAUAACACAACAUCUCCCUCGAUCUCGUCCACUAUCACCACUCCUUACCCUCCAAUGACCGCGGGCGGUCUGCGCUCGUCGCAGCAACUUCGCCCCUUUGACGUUACAAAUCUCCCCAGUUGGCGUGGAGCUAGAGAUCCCGGAUCCUCGUCCACACCAACGAGUGUGCCCACGUCUGCCUCGUCUACCUACAACAACGAUUCCUUCGACCAACGUAGUGCAUCCUACCCAUACAACAACGAGAUGCAUUAUAAUGGUCACCAACAAAAUGGCUACGAUACCCCUUUACAUCACCGAACCUCCCCUCAUGAACCAAUCCCUUCGUCAGCUCCGCCGCUGCGUUCCGCUCGAUCCUCGCAAGAUCUGGGACAUUUAAACCCAGUCAGGGGCGAACCUUCAAAGAACCUCAUCGGUCAGUGCCAUACUAGUGUCCAAAGGCUGGACGAUGAGAAUAAAGAGGUAGGACUUUACUUCAUCUUCCAGGACUUGAGCGUUCGGACGGAGGGCUGGUUUCGAUUAAAGUGUACGCUGUUUUGCUUGGCAAGGCUCAUCAUGGACGAUGACGAGGACACCGACCCUACGUCGAACGAGCUUUAUCGGGAAGCACCCUGCCUGGCCUCGACAUUUACCCUGCCAUUCAAGGUCUUCAGUGCGAAAAAGUUCCCUGGAGUGGUGGAAACUACGCAUCUGAGUCGGAUUUUCGCGGACCAAGGGAUCAAAAUACCCAUUCGGAGAGAUGGACAAAAAGGAAAGAAAAGGAGUGAAGAUGAUGGCGAUGGCGCAAACGGAAAUGGUGAAUACGAAGGAGAAGAUGGAUCUGAGGAGCUGGUGUAGGACAGCAGUACUCCUCAGUACAGCGACAGUCAACCGGAUCGGGCUGACACUUGAGUGCGAUACAAGAUGGAUCGCAGUGAGAAAGAACCAGGGAAGCAAAGGCCGGGGGGAGGACUUUGGGGGAAAAGAAUACCUUUGUUAUCAGCCAGCGGCGUAUAUUGCCGGGCCGUUUUUGGGAGGCUCUUUAUGAUUCAACCAAAAUGGUGCAUAGCGUUCAUGCGGCCGGGUUAUUGCACAACAUAUUUCACUAUCCGAGCUGCAGGAAUAGAUCGUCUCUGUUCGGUAACCAUGUAAAGGUCUCAUGACACUUGUCGUGCAUAGCUGUAUAGAUGGAU